GAGGGCCCGGAAAAAGUCACGCUGCGGGAAGUGUGUCUCUGGGUUUAUAAACACAGAUCCCGCCCUGUGUCCUGCUAGAAGUGUUUACAUCUGACUACCCACAAGUGUGACAGUGCUGCGGGGUAUUUUGCUAACCUUUUGACCAGGUGCUUCAUUUCACAACAAGCUCCAAGAAUCAAAGUCCUCCGAAGGUUCAUCUCUUUCCCACAACUGGACUGCAGAUAUGUACAAGAACAGCUACUCCCAGGCCACGUUCGGACUGGAGGCCAAAAAAAUCCACAAGGCGAAAAAGGGGAAAAGCUGCGGCUACUACAUGAGGAUUGUGUUCUUCUUCUCGUCUCUGAUCCAGUCGCUCAUCAUCGCCAGCUUGGUGCUCUUCCUCGUGUACGGACAGCCAGAGAAGACCGCCGAGGAGAAGAGGCUGGAAGACCUACAGCAGGCCUACGACACGCUCUCCAAAGACCACACCAAACUGCGAAAGGAGAAAGCCGAUCUCGCUACAGCCCUCAAAACGAAGAGCGGAGAGAAGGACGCAGCAGACAAGGAGAUCACGAAACUGAAAACUGACCUUAACAUAUCAAUUGCCGGCAGCAAAAACUGGCAGAGGUUGAAUAGUCAAUGCGAGGCCAAUGCUAAAUUGAAGCUUUCAAGCACUCGAAAUACUCCCCUCAUGUGUCCACCAGCUAACCCCAAUCAGAGUGGUGAAGUAAAAACUCUGAAUACUCUACUGGACCAGCAGAAGGCAUUGUAUGGGAUCCUGAAGAGUAACUUCAGCCAGACCGUGGAGUACCUUAAAUCUGAUUUGGACCACGCAGUGAAGGAUAAAAACGAGCACCACAGCCAGGUGAUAAAACUGAGACAGGAAAACAAAGAUUUGAAAUCUCAGCUUGAUGUUUACACCAAAAAGUGCAAAGAAGACUUUGCCGACUCCCUGCAAGGCAUCCAGACGGUCACAACUGCCUUCCUGAGCAAAAUUGACAACUUCUUCACCAACUCGGUCACGUUUCACCUCACCUGCCCCAAGCAGGAGGAGCAGAUGGACAGGAUUCGCUCCAACUGCUCCAGCCUCUCUCGGCAGGUGGAGGACAAGUUCCAGAGCUACCUGAACAACGUGGGUGCCAAAGUCUCCAAUAUUCAGAAACAGAGCAGCUGGUUGGAGAUACAGAAUGAGAAGCUGACUUCAGAACUGGACAAGUGCAAAACAGAAGCGGAAAAAGAGGCGUCGGACAGCAGCAAAAAACUGCAGGACGCCCAGACGACGUGUGACAAACAACUGGAACAGCUUCUCAAAGAGCAAACCAGACUAAGAAACGCCAAAGAUCUAGUAGAUACCGAGCUCUCUGUGAAGGAAGCCACUAUUAUAUCUCUGCAAAAAGGCUGCACACCACAGGCCAAACCGUCUGGUUUUCAGCCUCUGGGAUCAGCUGGCCAGUAUCCCUCCACAUCAGGUUGAGGCUCUUAACCACAAAGGGUUGGGUGUGGAGAAGGAAUCUGAUCUGAAUCUCAAGGCCGGACGCUGUGUUUCUGAGUAUCUUAUGUGGGAGUUUCCUGAUUUUGAGCCUGUGAUCUCUAUUGUAAAUAAUGUUGUCACUGUGGAUCACUGUAAAUGGACAUGCACUGAUGUUUAGUUCACUGUAUAGUUGUAUUCAUGGGCUGGAAACUUGCAGGACAUGACGUUCUUUAGGGGUCUUAAAAGGUGCUUAAAUGGGAGUAAAUAACAAGACAGUUUUUCCUUCAAGCUACGCAUUUAAGUUACACGUUUUAUGGCACCAGUCAAUAUUUAAUAUCGAUGGAAUCCGAUUCUUUACUGUGAUGUAUAUAAUAUUGUUUUCACAUUUAAAAAUUGUUUCAGCGACUACAUUUCAUGUAUCUGCUGGUCUUAUUGACCUUUUUCUUAAUAAUUUGUUCAUGUUGAUAUGAUCGUUUUGACUAAAUAAACAGACUGUUUUAUUACAAA